GUGCCGUUGGGAUACGGUCCGAUGCCACGAGAAUUUCUCUCGGCUGGAGCUUCAGUCCGCGACUGGCGAGCGACGUGCGUUUACGGUCGGAGCUUCACAGCGGUGGCUGGGACGGCUUCGGCUUCGGCUCGGUGUCGGACAGUUACGAGAAUGCGUUGAAUCACCGAGAGCAUUAUCAAGGUUGAGUGAGUGAGAGUGAAGAAACGUGUGCGGAGCUGAUACUCAGAGGGUGGACGGCGACUCCAUAUACUCGGGACAUCGGGAAUGGAUCUGACCUCGCUGCUGCUCCUACUGACCGCAGCUUGUAAUUGCGUAGCGGUUCUUGGUCAGCAAGGUCCUGUAUUCGUUCUCGAGCCACCGAGUACUCUCGUCUUCUCAAACACGACUGGUUCCCAGCUUAGCUGUUCCGCCCAUGGAAGUCCAACGCCCCACGUUACUUGGAUCACCAGCCCCGAUCAGAGAUCCGUCACAGCCGUUCCCGGCCUCAGGCAGCUACUGGGCAACGGUACUCUCUAUUUUCCACCGUUUCUAGCCCAGGACUUCCGGGCCGAAGUACACAACGCGAGAUAUCGAUGCCGAGCAACGAGUUCCGUUGGCACGGUGCUAUCGCGCGAAGUCACCCUCCGAGCUGUGCUUACGGUGCCCGGUUACGACGUAAGGGUAGACAGAUCGCCGGUCGUCGAGGGCUGUAACGCAGUUUUAUCUUGCACAGCCCGAGAAGACGUUAAGGAACAUCUCACAGUCACUUCCUGGUUUCGGGAUGACGCCAUUUUGCUACCAGGCAGCACGGAUACGGGCGGCAGAUUCGUAGUGACGUCACAAGGUGAUCUCCAUAUCAGAGCAGCAAGAGCGGAAGAUGGAAGAGCAACUUAUUCCUGCCUUACGCUCCACGCACUUACAGGCGAGAGGCGAAGAAGCGAACCUGCCACUCUGACCGUCACAGAACCCAAUGGCUCCAUGCCACCGAGAUUGAUGCAACGCUCACAAAUUGCAUUGUCAGCCGAAAGAGGCUCGGACGUUCAUCUGACGUGCUCGGCUCAGGGAAGUCCGCCGCCCCAAUUCACGUGGUAUCGGGAUAGAAAUGGACACCCGAUACCUGUGGAGUCCUUUGGGAAUAUUCAGCUUUGGGGCGAUCUGAUGCAAAUUCGUCGAGUCGACGCCCAGGAUGCUGGAAGGUACAUUUGCCGUGCGAGCAAUCAGUUUGGCGAGCAACGAGCCGAGACUCAUCUCUCCGUUACGUUGAAACUAAAUGCUCGUAUACAGCCAAGAUUGCAGAUCGUUAACUCCGGUGAAUCAGCCACAAUGAACUGUACCGUGGAGGGGUAUCCGGUCGAAAGCGUCGAGUGGCUUCACGACGGUGUGCCUGUUCUUACUGCACAAGACACGAGAAUAAGACUUUUGGCACCACUCGUUCUUAUCGUUGGUUCUGUCGGACGCAGGGACAAGGGAAUGUACCAAUGUUUGGUCCGAAGCGAUAAAGAAAAUGCUCAAGCAACGGCCGAGCUCAAAUUGGGCGACACCGUUCCAGAACUCCAGUACACUUUUAUAGAGCAGGCUUUGCGACCGGGUCCACCUGUGUCUUUGAGAUGUUCAGCGACGGGAUCUCCGCCUCCCUCGUUUACGUGGCUACUGGAUGGAGAGCCUCUGAGCGAAAUAGCUGCUGGGCACAGAUACGCGAUUGGCCAAUACGUCGAUCAGUCCGGUGACGUGAUAAGCCACUUGAACAUAACAUCCGCAAGUGCUGAGGACGGUGGCCUCUAUGCCUGCGUCGCGAGGAAUACUCUCGCUGCUGUCGAACACAAAGCUAGACUCAAUAUCUAUGGUGCACCGUACAUCAGGUCUAUUGGUCCGGUAAGAGCGAUAGCCGGUGUGGAUACUGCGAUAGCGUGUCCUUACUCGGGAUAUCCGAUAACGUCGGUCGAAUGGUCGAGAGGUGGUAUAGAACUACCCCUUGACAUGAGACAUCGGGUGGAUAACGAGGGCUACCUCACCAUAGCGACCGUCGAUCCGAACGACAAUGGAACUUACACGUGCACCGUUAGAGCAAGAUCGGGGGAAACUGCUAGUCGAGAUAUAAGACUCACAGUGAGCAGUCCACCGGUUAUGAGUCCAUUCGGGUUUCCACCGAAUCUGCAAGAAGGCAGCCGCGCUCAAGUGACCUGCAGCAUCACUUCGGGUGAUCUUCCAAUUUAUUUUUCCUGGCUCAAGGACGGAAAACCAUUGCCAUCGUCUCUCCAAAUUGAGGAACGUGGCGCAGAAUUUUUCAGUGUUUUAGUAUUCAAAGAACUGUUGUCACGUCACAGUGGAAAAUACACGUGCGUGGCGACGAACAACGCCGCGAAAGUUAAUCAUACCGCUGAACUUUUGGUAAAAGUUCCACCCCAGUGGAUCUUUGAGCCACAGGACGUGGCAAGUUUGCUAGGCAAUCCCUUGAACGUACAUUGCGAAGCGAAAGGUUUUCCACCGCCGCGUAUUACAUGGCUUCGCGGACGAGGAAGAACCUCCAAUGAUUAUCAACCGUUGAUCGACGGUCUCGAUGGCAGGAUAACUAUUUUGCCAAAUGGGUCAUUGUGGACAGCGUCAGCUGGACCACAGGACGAAGGACAUUAUUUGUGCCGAGCCAAUAAUGGCAUUGGAUUGGGGCUCAGUAAAGUUAUCUACGUUUCAGUCAACGAACCAGCAAGAUUCGAAUUACAGAGUAAAAACGUGACUAUAAGAAGAGGCGAGUCGGUGACACUCGACUGUACCGUCAUCGGUGACAAUCCCAUCGAGGUGCAAUGGUUACACAACAAUGAUCGACUCGAUACGAAUGCUCACAGGCUGAGUAUAAGCCAAGUCAAAACGGAUAAUGGAUUAAAGUCGCAGUUAUCAAUCGGCAGCAGCGAUAGGCAGGAUUCUGGCACUUACAGAUGUACAGCGGACAAUGCUUUUGGAAGAAGCGAGCAUUUAGUUUAUUUGGCUGUCCAAGAGAGACCCGAUCCGCCAACAGCUCUUGAAGUCAUUGAGAUUGGUUCAAGGUCGAUUAGACUCUCCUGGAGAAGGUCUUUCGAUGGUAACAGUCCAAUCAGAAAUUACGUUAUACAGUACCGAGCAAUGAUCCACGGUGGCGUCGACGAGUGGGAUCCCUCGAAAACUCACAACGUCACUUUCACACCGGGAUCUUCGGGCCUCGCUGCCUCAGCCAAUCCAACAUCGAAUGGAGUUCCACGAUACGAUUCGAACGGCGAUGACCAAGAAAUCGCUCUCGUGUCUGGUUUGCAUCCCGCUGUUACUUACACGUUUCGAAUAUUUGCGAUAAACUCCAUCGAUGCGAGCGAACCGACAGAUCCGGUAGUGGCCAAGACUCAAGAAGAAGCUCCAACGGAUCCACCACAGAAUGUAAAAGUUCAAUCCGCUGGACCAGGCGAAUUGAUCGUCCAUUGGCAGCCACCACCCAAAGAAUCUUGCAACGGUGAUCUUCUCGGCUAUAUCGUUACAUGGUCGGAAUAUUCCUCGUCGACAUCAGCGGGUGUUAAUCAGAGCAAAAGCCUCACUGUCAAUGGUUGGGCAACUACCAAAGUACAACUUACGGGCCUCAGAAAAUUCACUAAAUACGACAUAUCGAUCAGGGCCUUUAACAGCAUCGCCAGUGGACCAGCAAGUCCUUCGAUCGUUGGCACAACUCAGGAAGGAGUUCCGGAGGCCCCACCAACACAAGUAACCUGCACUCCUUUAUCUUCGCAAAGCGUAAAAGUAGCUUGGAGCGCACCACCGGCUCACCUGCACGGUGGAAUAAUUCAGGGAUACAAAGUUUCGUACAGGCCUGUUCCAACUGACAACAUGGAAAUCUCUACUGUUGGUGAUAUCAAGAGAAUAUCGAACGAAGAAACGUUCCUUCACACUUUGUACAAGUAUACAAAUUAUUCCAUAAGAGUAUUGGCAUACACUGGAGCAGGGGACGGAGUUUUGAGUCCACCGAUAUUCUGCACGACUGAAGAAGAUGUUCCCGGUCCACCAGCCGGAAUAAAAGCACUCGCGUUAACAGCUGACAGUAUAUUGGUUUCGUGGCUUCCUCCAUUACAACCAAACGGUCAAGUUUCACAAUAUACGGUUUACAGCAAAGAGGCUGGUGCUAGCAGACACAAUUCUCAUACGAUGCAUGAACCUCCGACUCUUCCUACGGACACGCUAACGAUGGAACUUCGUGGUUUAACGGAACGACAACUUUACGAAUUUUGGGUUUCUGCUACGACCGGACUCGGCGAAGGAGAACCCACGCCUAUAGUCACUCAGACGACGAAUACUCGAGCACCGGCUCGCGUGGCAUCUUUCUCGCAGCUUUUGCGAAGAGCUGUCAAAUCUUCCGUAACACUCUCAUGCUUAGUCGUGGGUAAUCCAACUCCUCAACCAAUAUGGACCCACAGAAAUAGUCAAAUUUCUACCGGGCGCCACUACGAGAUCACCGAUGAUGGUCAUCUUAAUAUUCACGGCCUGGAACAAUCGAUCGCCGGGAAUUAUACAUGUUCGGCGAGCAAUCUUUUCGGCGACGAUUCAAUAACUUAUACACUUGUCGUCGUCAUGCCUCCUCGCGCACCCGUCCUCGAAUUGCAAUACACCACAACUCAUAGCAUCAAAUUUCGAUGGAAUCAUCCGGAAAACGGCGGUGCUACGAUACAGGGUUAUGUACUUAGCUAUAAAAAGGACCAAGGUGGCUGGGAAGAAAUAGCACUUUCACCUGAACAAACCGAAUUUACACUAAGCGGUUUGAAAUGCGGAUCUUCGUAUCUUGCUCAUCUUACGGCACACAACAGAGUCGGGACGGGUGAUCCGAGUCCAUUGAUCAGUGCCACAACCAAGGGAACCGCACCUCCACUGCCAAAAGAGCGCGAAAUAGUCGCAGUGAAUUCAACGUCAGUUCGGCUAAAUCUGUUAUCAUGGCCGAACGGAGGUUGUCCGAUUCAAUAUUAUACGGUGGAGUAUCGAAGACGAAUAAAUACGGAGCCUUGGAUAUUGGUUGCGAGCAAAGCGACGGAAAAUCUCAUAAUCCGAGAUUUGAAACCCGCAGCUUGGUACAGUUUGCGUUUGACGGCGCACAACGACGCGGGUGCGACUCAGACGAAGAUGGAAUUUGGAACAACGACAUUGAGCGGGAUCAGCAUAGGACCACCGAAUGAUCUCAUAAUGGACGACGAUACUGUCAGGAAUCCUCCGAAUCAUAAAAUUUUAUAUGUAAUAGUUCCUCUCGUUUGUGCAAUCGUUUUGAUUUUUUCGGCCGUCAUUGUUGGCUACGUGAUGCUAAAGCGCAACGGCAGAACGAGCUAUCUCGCCGAAAUGAUGCCGGGACAACAACAACAAGCGGGUCUUGGAAUUGGCCAACAAGCUCAACAUCAAUCCCAUCAUCACAUGUCCAGCUGCAUGUCCACUGUCCAAUUAAAAUCGACUGCGGAACGCGAUAACCGACGUAAUCAUCAAGUCUACACAAGUUCACCAGUCAAACAGGAUAAUCACAAGUCCAACAAUGAUCACGGUUCAGAAAUGUAUGAAAUUAGUCCUUAUGCAACAUUCAGUGUACCUGGACGUGAGAAUCGAUCGGUUACUACAGCCACCCUCGAUUACACAAUGCAAUUCAAAACUUUUGGACAUCUCGAAAACGAGGAUAUCAACACUAUCGAUUACGAAAGAUCCAGCGUUGAUUUCGAGAGAUCAAAGACUCCAAGAUGGCAUAAACAACGUUAUUUUCCGAGUAUUGCCGAGGCAGAAAGCAAGAUGCGUUCAAGCCGCCAAGGCUCGGGGAGUGACACUUCCGGAAGUCCUUGCGGCGAGUGCGCUGGACCAAGCUACAGAGUUCCGGUCAAACCUUGCAGAGAUGUUUUCUCGCGCGGUGUCGAAUCCAGCACGGAAUCGAACAACGAGGGUUCACCAUCGCUUGGCAGACGACGUAGUCGACAGCCGAGCCGGUCCACUCGCAGUUCGGUGGAGGACAUGACGCUUUUGCCACCGAGCGGAUUCAGCGACAGUCGAGAAUUGAGCGAGGCGGAAUGCGAUCGUGAUAGCAGAGAUUGGCAGAGUUUAUCCAUUGCAACUCGUCACGGCGGCAGUCUUGGCAGACUCCCCAUUGAAGCGGUUGAGACAAUGCUCGCAAGGUACCAGCAGCGAAAAGAACAAGAGAGGCAAGAAUUCACGAUACACGUAUGAUCAAAGUCUUCGACCGAAGCUAUAGAGAGAAAAAUAGAACGAGCGAAGAGCAGAAAUCUAAGCGGGUCUCAGAAAACUGCCAUUAAAUUGCCGUCGUCGAUAAGAUGUAACGAUAAAAAAGCCGGCAAAGUUUCACGGAUGAUUAGCUGAACGUAAAUGUAGCCGAGUGCUCUAGGAUAGUACAAGAAGUAUCCAUGAAAUUAGCCAGUAAAUCAGACGACACCUCGAGCAAAUAGAUUUUGCCAUUGGAGGGGAGGAAAUCAAGGAGUUUUUGUCAAUAAGCGAUCAUCAAAUUGGAGACAACAACGAAGUACGAAUUUGAAUAACUUUAAAAUGAUGAAUGAAUUCAUUGAACUUGAAAUCAAGAUGAUAACAACUCCUCCAGUUUUCUCUACUUUCAAAUUCAUCAUAGGAGGAUGCAGUGUUACUUUCCGCUUCACCGUGUCUUCCGUUAUCGGAAACGAAGAAAAAAAAUGUCUCGUUUGUAAAUACCUGUGUUAAUCAAUUGUGAGAAGAAUAAUGGCGCUACACAAAUUAAGACAUUCCGCUUCGCCAAAUUUCUCGAACUGCAAUCGUCACUGAGAGCGCCUAAUCUCGAGACUUGAAUGAUUUGAAAAAACAAAAAAAAACGAAAAGAAAAUGAAAAAACAGUUAGAAAAAUGGAAAAAAGGUCGAGUCGAGUGGCCAAAGAAAAAUAGAUCUAAUUUAAUAAAAUCAGUCAAUGGACGAUAAUAAUCGAUCGAUGAAAGUAAGGUUCUAAUUGUUUAAAUAAAAACAUUUGUAAGGAGUUCGAAGAAGCUGAAAUUUCCUCGUCGGGCACACAAGACUUUACGGGGCGGGAAGAAAAAAAUUGAUGUUGAUCGGAUUGGUGGGCGUGAAGAUAACAGGCAAUGGAAAAUACCACGUUUUGUAGCAGAAGAAUAACAUAUCGAAACGCUCGAAAAAGCCAAAGUUCAAAUUGCAAGAACGACUUUCCGCAACCCCGAAAAUCCUACAUUCGUGAGAGUUUUACUCCCGAAUUACUGCCAAUAUACUUACGAAUAUCAUUAAAAGAAAAAGAAAAACGUAAAAUAUAAGUUCGUUCCACAGCCGAAUUUCAGCGAGUCAUUUCGUCGAACGAAACGAUAAUCUCGCAGACGUUUUUUCCAUUACUUGUCAUUUGGUACCAUUAACGCAUGAUUGUUAUAUUGUUUGUAAAAUAAUCACUUUUCCGCGACCGAUUCAUCGAAAAACAACUGUCGCCAUUCAUGUCACCAACGAUUACCGUUUUCCUACCAAAUUUUGCACCAAAAUAUUAUGUGUAUUCGGACGUUGAGUCAAACUCGCACAACGUCAAAUAACAACCACGAAUAUAACAUAAACCUAGAGGAAUUUAAUCUAUUUAUGAUAUGUUCCGUUUGAGUACUUUGAUAUGAACGGUAGAAACGAAAAAAAUCUCGUUGUACAAAAUGAUUUUAUUAAAAUGAAUCUUUUGAAAGUUA